AAGUGUUUGCAAAUCCCUAUAGGAGGGGCUACAGAGUUAUAUAAUCUCAAGGUAGAACUGCUGAGAGCUUAGACUGAGUUACACUGUGCACAAGAUAGAGGGGAAUCAGGCACUGGAAGCAUGUCUGGAAAACCCAAGCUUCACUACUUCAAUGGACGAGGCCGAAUGGAAACAAUUCGGUGGCUCUUGGCAGCAGCUGGGGUUGAGUUUGAUGAAUGUUUCAUAGAAAAAAAGGAGGAUUUGACAAAGUUGCAGAAUGAUGGAUCCCUGCUCUUCCAGCAAGUGCCAAUGGUAGAGAUUGACGGGAUGAAGCUGGUGCAGACCAGAGCUAUCAUGAACUACAUAGCAACAAAAUACAACCUCUGUGGGAAGGACCUGAAGGAGAGAGCCCUAAUCGAUAUGUAUGUGGAAGGACUGUUCGAUCUGAAUGAGCUGCUACUGAUGCAUGUUCUCCAACCAGCAGACCAAAAGGAGCAGUAUUUUGCUAAUAUGAUGGACAAGGCUGAAAACAGAUACUUCCCUGUCUUUGAGAAGGUUUUGAAAGAUCAUGGAAAAGACUUUCUGGUUGGCAACCAGCUAAGCAGGGCAGAUGUUCAAUUACUUGAAGUCAUUUUAAUGGCAGAGGAGUACAAACCUGAUAUACUUGCCAAAUUUUCUCUCCUGCAGAGCUUCAAAGCAAGAAUGAGUGCUAUCCCCAACAUAAAGAAAUUCCUGCAGCCUGGCAGCCAGAGGAAACCACGAGCGCGAGAGGAAGAUAUUGCCAAAGCAAUAAAAAUAUUCCGCUCCUGAGCACCACCCUAAAGCCACAGAACCUAUAUUUCAUUGUGUUGGCUGACAGUGACAAAGCCAAAUUAAUGGAAAGUGUGAAAAAACCCAUUUUUUAGAUCUCUCUUUCCUUAACUACAGGAUUGGUUUUAGCCUACUGUAGAUAUUUUCAGGUAAAGCUACAUAUACCUACAUGAAAAGGAAAUAGUUCAGUGAUUAGGAUGUAUAUUGGACAACAUAGGAUGCCUUAAAUAAAAAAAAAAUUAAAAAAUAAUAAAAAAGAGAAUACAUGAAAUAACGUUUCACUUUUGAUAUUCAAAACCUAGCUGUUCAUUGAUUUUCUAGUGCUACUUCAAUGCCUAAGAUCUAUCUGGGUUUGUUUUUCUGGCAUUCCCAAGAAUUGUUGGAAAAUUAGGAGAGAUUACCCCAAACAGUAGGUCAUGUAUAUUUUCUGGGAGAUGCCAGGAAAAGCCUGCAGGUUCUGCUUAGAUCAGGAUGAAAGGUUUGGAUGCAGCUUUGCUCUGAGCUCACCUGUGAGUACGCUUGGACCAGAGGUCCUAUUGCACCUCCAUUUUUCACUAGACACGUAAACUCUUGUACUGCAGCUUCCCCAAUGUUUCCUUUAUCAGAAGGGAGCAGCUAAAAGCACUUUGAGACUCUGAGCAACAAAUGCUUGUCACCAGCUUACAGCUUAUUGACAAAGGUGGAAUCAGGAUGGUGUCAGGUGUUACUUGGAAUGUAGGAAUCCAUAUUGACUUACAUCACUUUCUAUUAAACCAAGUUUUAUACAA